AUGGACGUGUUCGAUAAACAUUAUCAUAGCUAUCGUACUGUAUUGAAAAUUGUAGGAUUAUGGCCAUAUAAUAACUCAAUUUAUGUUUGGAUUCAGAGAUUAUUGUUAUUGACAUUCUAUCUUGGCAAUGCAAUAUUUCAGAUUGUGUUACUUUUAAGAUCUAAAAUUACGGUACGAAACUGUAUUUUAAUAUUGUCUACGGCUUGUCCACUUAUAAUAAUUUCGUUACGAUAUAUAAGCUUUAUAAUAUUUUUUCCUAUGAUAAAACUUUUAUUUCAUCAUAUGCGUAUGGAAGAAAAUAUAAUACAAGAUUCAAAAGAAAAAGAGAUACGAAUAAAAUACAUCGAUGAUUUUCGUCACAUGAUCGAAAUACUUUUACGAAUGAUUUGUGCAAAUAUUACGUUGUACAGUAUGUUGUUAUUGUAUCUUAUAAUAUUGGAUUUCAUAAUGCCUUUAAACGAAUCCCAUAUACGUAUAUUUCGUUAUAUUACAUUAUUUUCUGUCAAUCGAACCAUAUAUUUUUAUAUUUUAUGCUUGGAUUUUUUAUUUGUUGUCAUAUUUGGAUUAUUAUCUAUAAUAUGUACGGAAUCGAUAAUUGGACUUUAUAUUUACCAUACAGGCUUGUUGUUUAAAAUUAUUAGCCAUAGAAUACAAAACAUUAUUGCGUAUUUAACUAUGUUUAAUCUCUCAUCGAAGCAAAUUGAUUCGAAACUCGCAGAGCUUUAUCGUGUGGUGGAUAUUCAUAAUCAAGCUAUCCAGUUGCUAGUAAAUGCGAUUACAAUUAAGAAGGAUCAAUUAGAAAUUUUCCUCUCUCUUAUAAUUUUUGCCAAUCAUUUGGUGAUUAUGUUUUUAUGCAACCAUAUUGCUCAGAUAUUUAUGAACAACAGUGAAGAAUUUUUUCAUGAAUUAUAUAUAUCUGUAUGGUAUUCCGUACCGUUAAAAGUACAAAAGAUUUUAUUACUUAUUAUGAUACGAAGCUCAACGGCAUCUAUAUUUCAUAUUUUUGGUGUGUUCGUUCCAUGCCACGCAGGAUUUACAACGAUGUUAAGUACCUCGUUUUCAUAUUUUACUUUGAUGUACUCGAUACAAUAG